AUGAUUGGAAUCAUCAUUUUUUCUUUAUUCAUCAGCUAUACUGCCUACCUAGGUCUCUGUCUCAUUCAACACAGGAACCGUGCGCGGAAGAUUGGAUUGCCAUACGUCUCAUUUCCUAUCUCGUCGCAUAAUCUAUUCUUCCUAUCUCUCUUCGAGACUCGAAUCGUUCCAUAUGUGAUCAACACGUGGCUCCCACCCAAGUUGGCCGAUUAUAUCUAUGAUAGCGGCUUCAAAACCCGCUGGAUGACAAAGGACCGCCUCCACAAGAGGCAUGGGGGAGUUUAUAUGCUUAUUACACCAGCCGUCUCAACUUGCAUGGUGGGCGACGCCUCAGUGGCCUCUCAGAUCUGCAUGUCUCGUCAGGGUUUCCCAAAACCCCACAAACAAUAUGGGGCUCUGGACAUAUAUGGUCCCAAUAUUGUCACAUCCGAAGGCUCUCAAUGGGCACAUCUGCGUCGGCAUACAGCGGCAGCGUUUAAUGAGAGAACUAGCGCCCUGGUUUGGGAGGAAACAAUCCGCCAGACGGACGAAAUGGUGCAAUAUUGGAAGGAUGAGCACACUCGAAGCUCUUUACAAUCCGAGUUUAUUCUGACAGACGCUAGAGAGGACAUCUUAAAAUUCACUCUCAAUAUUAUCUGCAGUGUUGGAUACGGAGUGAAGCUUCCGUUCAAACCCAUCCUUGAAAAUUCGACUGACAGUGCUGAAGGCUUAUUCAAAGACGCCAUAUCACCUUCUCCAGGCUAUCACUUCACAUUCCGCUCUGCGAUGGAGUAUUUGAAUAAGCACGUGACCUCGAUAUUUAUAGCCAAUGGCCUUCCCAAAUGUAUCCCACGGUCCAUACUGCCAUUCUUCAAGAAAGACUUUGAUGCGUUCGACGAUAUAGGCAGGUAUCUACGGGCUUUAGUAUCGAUGGCUGAGACAAAGGAAAGCCUAACACAGAAUUUGAUUGAUGGUUUAGUCAGAUCUAAACAGCAGAGAAAUAAAGGCCAAGGACUCGACCCUGAUCUUACGGAUGAUGAGAUACUUGGGAACCUGUUCGUAUUCACAAUCGCUGGGCAUGAAACCACUGCUGUUGCUCUUCGGUUUGCUCUUGUGCUCCUUGCUCUCAAUCAAGAUGCACAGGAGUAUUUGUACGAGGGGAUUCGAGAAGCAACAUGUGACGAGCCUCAUAACCCUGUCGAGUGGGAUUACAGACGGGUUUACCCAAAGCUCGUUAGCCCUUUAUGUGUAAUGCUUGAAACACUUCGGAUGUAUCCUCCAGUGACAACCAUUCCCAGAUGGACAGGAGACUCCGCAGUCGAUAUCACGUAUCAGAACCAGUCUUAUCUCCUUCCGCCGCAUGUUUAUAUCAGCGUCAAUGCUAGUGGGCUUCAUUACUCCGAAGAGUACUGGGGGCCAGAUGCAGCUGUGUACGAUCCCAAGAGAUGGGAUAAGCAGAACACGGAGAGCUUCCUUGCGAAGAACGAGGGAGUGGGUCUGUCUGGACCUGGGUUAGAAUAUGACACAAUCCAUAAACCAGUCCGAGGGUCAUAUAUUCCCUUCAGCGACGGCUUCCGGGUGUGUCUUGGCAAGAAAUUCGCUCAGGUCGAGUUUGUAGUUGCCGUGGCUAUUAUCUUCCGUGAGUAUCAUGUUGUGUUGGCGAAAUCCAGUGAGUGUAAGACCGAGGACGAUAUGCGUCGAAGGGCAGAGAAAGUUUUACAGGAAAGUACUUCGUUUAUCACAUUGUCAAUGCGUGAUGAAGUACCGCUGCUGUUCCAGAAACGGUGA